CGGACAGUGGAAACAAUUCAGGCUGAAUAAACCGAAAAAAACCGACCGACAAAUACGGAGUGCACAAAUGGCGGCGCUAAAAAUAAAUGUGGGAUUGGGGGUUGUGAGCGGGGGGUUGAAAUAGCUGUGGUCCCCGUGGAUUUUCUUGGUUUUGUCAACUCUCUGUUUACAUACUACACUUGACACAAGGAAGAAGACAAGAUGUCGGGUAUUAAACACACUACCAACCAAUCCUGCGUGCUCGUUCCCCAGAGUACAUUCCGCUAUGAAACCCGUGAUAUCCCAACACUCAAGUCAGACCGCGAUGUGAUCGUUCGAGUCGUUGCAACCGGUCUCUGUGGUUCUGACGUCCACUACUGGCACAACGGCCAACUCGGCCGCUACGUCGUCACAGACCCCCUCCUCCUUGGCCACGAAUCCUCCGGCAUAAUCGCCUCCCUCGGUCCCAAGGCAGAAGCUGAGGGCCUCACAGUCGGCGACCGCGUCGCCCUCGAACCCGGUGUCGCCUGUAACACAUGCCCACCCUGCCGUGCUGGUCGAUACAACCUGUGCCACAACAUGGUCUUCGCCGCGACCCCUCCCAUCGACGGCACCCUGUGCAUGUACUACCGCGUGCCCGCUGAAUGCUGCUACAAGUUGCCUCCGCAUAUCUCGCUGCGGGACGGUGCGUUGGUCGAACCGCUUGGUGUUGCGGUGCAUGGGUGUCGGCUUGGUGGGGAUAUGCAGGAUAAGGCGGUUGUCGUGUUUGGGGCGGGGCCGGUGGGGUUGUUGUGUGUUGCUGUUGCGAGGGCGUUUGGGGCGAGUACAGUUGUUGUGGUUGAUAUUGUGACGAGUCGGUUGGAGAGUGCGCUGAAGUAUGGGGCUACGCAUACGUAUCAGAUGGGCGCGGGUUCGCCGGAGGAGAAUGUGGAGGCGCUUUUGAAGAGUGCUGGGUUGGAGCAUGGUGCAAAUGUGGUUCUUGAGGCUACGGGUGCGGAGCCGUGCGUGAACACUGGUGUGCAUGCGGUUGCGCCUGGGGGGACGUUUGUGCAGGUGGGACUUGGGAAGUCGAAUCUUUCCAUUCCUGUUGGUCAGAUCUGUGACAAGGAGGUUGUGUUCAAGGGUUGCUUCCGGUAUGGGCCUGGGGACUUUAAGUUGGCCGUUGGGUUGUUGAACUCGAGGCGGAUCAACCUGGAUGGUAUCGUCACGCAUGAAUAUCCGUUCUCGCAGGUCGAGGAUGCGUUCAAGAACGUCCUUGGGCGUGCUGGUAUCAAGACUGUGAUUUAUGGUCCGGAGGUUGAUGAGAAUAUGGCGAAAAAAGCAGCCUAGAUUAUUGUUCUAUAGACAGUUAGACAUUUGAAGGGGAUAGAUAAAAGAAAAAUAUAAUUACCCACCUGUUCCAUUCC